CUUGGUUCUAAGGCGCUCCCGCUCUGCUUUUCAAAGCUAUGUAGGAGAAUAGUGGGCGAGCUGGAAAACAAAUCGGCGCAUACGCAGACUCAUUCAGCGCAAUUUGGUGUGACGUCACGGGGGUCGAAAAUGGCCGCAGUUAAGUAUGAAGAACGGAGCUUAUUUGUGACAGUUUUUUAGUUAUAUUACGGAUAAAGGCGAAGUCUAUGCAGCGCUUAAGAACAUCCACAAGAGGACUGUCUACUGGGAAGGUUCCAAAAUGGCUCGUGCAGGGGAAGAAUAUUUUGAUUUUACCUUUAUGGACUGUGUACUGGACACCUUUCCAGGAGAUUUGGAAUAUCAGCAGAUCCUUGAUGAAAUUGAUGAAAAACUAAAGGAAAACGCACUGUGCAUGGAAGAAAGUUUGCAGAAUUUUAAACUGGAAAUCAAUGAAAUGUGUGGUAGUGAGGUGUUGAAGAAUGAUAAUGACUGUCUCUUUUGGAUUAAUAAUUACCACACCAGCCAUCCUAAACCACAAGAAGCACCCCACUGUGAAGUCUUAGAAUUCCUUAAAACUUUGCAACAUUUCCUAAAAAACAAUGAAAACCAGGAGGAUAUAAUACUUCAGCUUCUAUCAGAACUCAACACUGAGUGCAAAGUAUCCUUCCCAUUUUCCCCCAGCGGAGGCUCAUCUCAUUGCAUCUCCCAAACCUCUUUACAUGCUGUUGAUGAUAAUUUCCCCAUGGACAUACAAACAGCGUGGGAUGAUGUAAGGCUGCAUUUGCGACGUUAUCUAGUGGGAAAAUUACAAAACUGUAGUAACUUUACCUCGGAAUCUAAUAUUGAAGUGAAAACACAAUGUUUGCAACAGUUUUUGUUUCUUUACCCUGAAAAAGAUGUCCUCACAAAAUACCAGAAUAUUCAGCAGAAUCUGUUAGUUACUCUUACGCAUUUUGGGGAUAGAAGAGUUGACACAGCAUUUAAUAUUUACCAGGAUGCUGUUCCUAAAGUCAUCUCAAUGAUUGUAGAUGACUUAAAUUUGUUAAGAAAUAUUGUAGAUACUUCAUUAAUAAUUAAAUUUAUUAAAGAAACAUUUUUUGAGGCUAUCACUGAGGAAAUGAAGGCAUUUGUUGAUGUACUUUCUGAAAACAGAACAGAAGAAAGUUCCCUAAAUCCAGUAAAAACAGUUAAGGGCAAGCAAAAGCUAAAAAUGUCCUCUGCUGUUUCCGCUGCUGUGAAUCAUCAGGAAACAAGGAAACAAACUGGAUUAUAUUUAUCUUUAGAUAAACUGAAAUCUUUGGUUGGUUUCAUCAGACUCUUUUUGUCGCUUGAAGAACAAGUAGAAAAGGCUGCCUCUGAAAUAUUAUUCCUCAAAUGUUCUCCAAGUGAAGUAAAAGGAAAUAUAGAUGGAAAUUCGAAGAGAAAUUGGGGCGAAGGUAGAUCAAAUGAAGCCUGCAUGCCGAAUGAGAGUUUGCCACAAAUUACAGAUAUGCCCACCUUCAAAUUUGAUUGGAAAAAUAUUUUGAAUUCAGUAGUUCACCCUUUACUGAAAUGCUUACCUGCUGAAUUGGAAAGCAUUGCUGUUAGAAUUCUUCAACAGGAAAACGAAGAGUAUUCUUCUGUUGAUGGCUUACAGAUUAACCUAGUUAUGGUUGAUACAUCAUGCAGUCACAAUGGGGCAGCUGCAGAGAGGCAGAAACCAAAGAAAGUUGCAAAGUUUUGUUUUAACAUUAUCGAAGAAUUUGACUCCAUACUUCCACUGGCUCUGGCAUGCCAGGAUGUCUCCCUUCUGGAUGUAAGAGCUUGCUUUUUAGAGGCAUUUAGCAAAGUGGCAGCAUUGAUCCUAGCAAAGUUGGAAGAGCACCACAAAGAGUUUCCAUGCAAGGCUUCAUUACAAUCCAUGUAUGCUACUCUAUCUACUGCUAUCUACGUUCUCCAUCAUUUAAACUACUAUUCUGUCCAAAUGAGUAAGAAAUCUUUGUUUUUAGUGGCAGUCCAAAGAUACCAGGAAUUCAUAAAUAACCUUCAGGCUGACGUUAUACAAUACUGCAUCAGUGUUUGUUCAACAAGUAUAUUCCAGGAUGCAGAGAGUCAUAACUGGGAUGACAACAAAGAGUUUUAUGAGGGAGAACGCUGCUCAUUUUCUAUCCAGAUGUGGCAUUACUUUUGCUGUGGACUUCGGCAUGAUCUAUGGACUAUAUUGCCUCCACUUCUUGCUCAAGACAUAUUCAAAGAAGUAGUAGAACAAACAUUGGCUUUGCUGACAUUCAGAUAUUCCCAGGUUCAUCCUAACUACAAACGAGUAUCUCAGAUAAGAGUUGAUAUAAUGGCAAUUUUUUCAUGUGUUGAAAAUAUGCUGUGGUCAGUUUGCAACUCAACUCAAGAUCUCAUGAGGCCAACGUCGCAGGCAAAUGGAACAACCUUAAAAAUACACAAUUAUUGUAAUAGCUUACUUCCUGUAAUGGCCGUCUUAUCCACACCUUUGGAGACACUGCAUAAAGCCAUCACAAAGGAAUUAAGUGGAUUUCCGUCAAGUCCUUCUAAGCAACCACAUUCAGUUCCACUGGAGUGGAUUAUAUAUUUAAAGCCAGAAUUAGUCCUGUUCUCAUCUAAAACUCCAUCAGCAGUGGAAAUGGCAGUGCAGGGUCAACUGAAACUGCUCUUAUCCCAACCAUGCUGUAAUUGGAACUUGCUUUUGGAAACGCUGUUGCAUUCUGAUUGUCUGGUUGCAAAGACUUUAUUUGCUUGUUCAAUAAAUGAGAUUGCAAAACGCAAUCAUGAAGAUUCAGAAAGUAACCCUUGUCUGGCUGAGAUGAUCCUUUCAGUUUUAUCCUACUGCACACUAACACCUAAAUUGUUAAGUAUUGUUGUGGAAAAUUACAUGGAUCAAGAGAAACUUUGGGAUUUUUUGUGCUCCAUUACAGGUUGCAGAGCAUUUGUGCCUUAUGUGAUCAGAUAUUUGAAAAAUACUCUAAAGAAAUCUGUGCUUGGUAUAGUGAAGCAAGUAACCUCAUUGAUUGUUUCAAGGGAGCUCAUGGAAUGCCCUAACUCCUGUAUGUAUAAGUAUAGUAUUCCUGAAACUCUGCUUGAUGUUGUCCCUGAAAAAUGGAAGCUUACAUCAAGGAAAACAAAUAUAAAAGCUUCCAAAAAAGGUCUUACAAAACUGAUAGCUGAAGCAGUGUCCAUUGUGAUCGGCAGACUACCUUCAGUAAUUGCUUGUGUGCCUUCCCCAAUAAAGUACCUCUACUCACUGGCUGAGAGAAAAGUAUCAAAGAAAUACUCUGAAUCAAUAAAGACUGGAAUACUUGUUUUGAAUUUGAUUGAUAUUAUCUGUGAAGUACUCCAUGAUGGGAACACUAUAGAAAAUGCAACUGGUCAUGCAUUGUCAACGUGGUGCAAGGAAAAUCUGACUGCCGUUAGUGAAUGUUUGCAAAGAGUCACUGGAAAUAAAACAAAUGAUAACAAAGAAGCAACACAAAAGGUUUUUGACUUCAUUGGGGAAAAGAGACCAAAAUGGAUUGAAAACCAGUUCCUUAAAGCUAACAGUUUAAGCAUCAACAGUGGCUCUGCAAUGCAAGAAGACAGCUCAGUAUUAAAAGACCAAGACAGUGAGCUUGAAUUGACUGAGCAGAGAAUAAACAUGAUGGUCCUGGAUAUCUGCCACAAACCAGGUGGCAGCAAGUACCUGAGGCAAAUUUAUCACAUCAUCCAGCUCAAUGAGGAUUACCUGAAUGCAGAGUUCUCUACACAGGAACCUGACAAGAUUUCGGCACACUCAAGAAAUUUCCAGUUUAACUUGACUGGUGGAGAAGACCAGCUUUCAAGAUUCAACCCUCUGCACAGUUUUAUUUUGCCUGCAUCAGAUGUUCUAAGUGAGCACUCUACUACUGAUUGGCAUUCAUUAUUAUCAUGCUGUUUGGCUGUGCAUCCACUGACCUUCCAGGCACUGCUAGAGAGAAGGUGGGAGACCAAAGACGAAAAUAUUUCCGAAGAGGAGAAGAUGCUGCUGGCACAACUGAAACAGAUGACUUUAAAUACCAACACAUCCUCUGAAAUUCACUGACAACAUUGCUGUUUUCCUUUGUGGAAUAGCAAAGCUUUAGGGAUAUUAUAACUCACUACCUGGGAUGGGGACAAAAUGGGACUGAGCACAAUGGGACUGUAGUUCACAGAAAUCAAUUUUUUUGUCUUUUACUUUCAUCUUUUUACUAUGAGAAGAUAUCAAGAAAUUCAAUAAAAAUACUUUUUGAGUCUAUUA